GUCGAGGGUGUGUGUGGGUAGAGCGGCUCGGCAACAUUUGUUUACAUGAGUUGUGUCACUGACGGUCCUUAAGCAGCCACCAUGUCGUCAGAAAAGAAACCAACCGAAAAGAAGCCUGUGGAGGCAGGAGGCACUGAGGACAGCACAUUGGGUAAUGUAAUAUCUGAAGGUGGAAGACUUGUUAAAAUGGAGGUUGAUUAUUCAACCACGUGUGAUGAAAAGAUACCAGCGGCUCAACAGAUGGCUAAGGACGGUCGAGUACAAGAGGCAGUGGACAGCCUCAUGGUGCUGGAGAAACAGACAAGAACUGGGGCUGAUGCUCACUCUACCAGCAGAGUUCUCGUGGCUGUCGUGGAGAUUUGUUUUGAUGCCGGAGAAUGGAAUCUGUUAAAUGAAACUGUUGUUACACUCACUAAGAAGCGUUCUCAGAUCAAGAUGGCUGUCACCAAGAUGGUUCAGAAAUGCUGUGACUAUGUAGACAAGGCACCAGACAAAGAUGCUAAACUCAAGUUGAUGGAUACAUUAAGGACAGUUACUGCGGGCAAGAUUUAUGUGGAGGUGGAGCGUGCACGGCUCACCCACAAGUUGGCUGUGAUGAAGGAGGCUGAGGGAGACAUUACUGAGGCUGCCACUAUCCUACAGGAGCUACAGGUUGAAACUUUUGGCUCAAUGGAACGUAAAGAAAAGGUUGAAAUGAUUCUGGAGCAGAUGCGUUUGUGUUUGUUGAAGAAGGACUUUGUUCGUACUCAAAUUAUUUCAAAGAAGAUCAGCACAAAGUUCUUUGAUUCUGAAGAAGUUGAUGACCUCAAGCUCAAAUUCUAUAACUUGAUGAUUGAUCUUGACAGCCACGAUGGAUCAUUUCUGAGUAUAUGUCGUCACUACCGAGCCAUCUAUGACUCCAAAAGUGUGAAGGAGAGUGAAACAGAGAAGAAGAGAGUACUCAAGCAUGUGGUCCUCUUUAUAAUUUUGGCCCCUUAUGACAACGAACAGAGUGACCUUCUUCAUCGAAUCAAGGAAGACAAGACACUCGAAGAUAUUUCACAAUAUAAAGACCUCUUGCAGUUGUUUGUAACUGCUGAGUUGAUCAAAUGGUCAAGGCUGUGUGAUGUGUAUGAAGCAGAGCUGAGGUCAACUGCCACUACAGUAUUCCCCAGUACUGAAGAGGGCAACGACAGAUGGACAAAACUCAAGAACCGUGUAGUAGAGCACAAUAUUAGGAUGAUGGCCAAGUACUACACCAGGAUCCAUCUGAAGAGGAUGGCAGAACUCCUUGAUCUUUCUGUGAAGGAAAGUGAAGAGUUCUUGUGUCAACUAGUAGUGUCUGGAACAGUAAUAGCCCGCAUGGAUAGAUUAGAAGGUGUGGUCAACUUCGGAACAACGCCGGAACACUCCCAGCUCUUGAACAGCUGGUCAGAUUCAUUACAUCACCUCAUGGCUCUUGUCAACAAAACUACUCACCUGAUCAACAAGGAGGAAAUGGUUCACAAGCACCUGUUGACAGUCAAGGAAUAGUUAAUUCCAGGCAGCAAUGUAGGUUUGCUUUAUCAGGAAUAUUUACAAAGGAAAAUAUGCAUUAUUUUCAAUGUAAUUUUUCUAUUAUAUAAUUUUAGUUUCGAACAUUAUUUGAAGGAUCUGUUUGGUCAUUUGAAAAAUAAUAAUCCUCAAAAAUUAAAUUAUUUCAACACAUUACAUAGUAACUGAUAAUCCUGGGUAUGAGUGGGUUAGCCUAUAUUGGUGUGUAAGUUGUAAUGCAAACAAUGUUGAAAAUACAAUGAAGAUUAGCACAUUUAUUACAGUACAUUGUAAUUAUAUUUCAUAAUAAAUAUUCAAAUGUAAUGUU